AUGUUCACUGGUCUGGUGGAAACGAUAGGCACCGUCACCGCUCUCACCGAGCUGGACCCAUCCACGUCCGGCGGCAAUGGCACAUCCCUCACCAUCUCCGACUGUUCAACGAUUUUAGACGAUGCCCAUUUGGGUGACUCAAUAUGCGUCAAUGGGACAUGUCUCACCGUCACCGAGUUCGAGAAAGACUCGUUCAAGGUUGGAGUCGCGCCGGAGACACUCCGCAGAACCAACCUGGGCAGCCUAAAAGAGAAGAGCCGUGUCAAUCUUGAAAGAGCGAUGCUGCCACAUACACGCAUGGGCGGGCAUAUCGUGCAAGGUCAUGUUGAUACCGUGGCCACUAUAGUGUCGAUCACACCAGACGGAAACGCCCUCACCUUCAGGUUCAAGCCACGGCCUGCGCCAGAUGGAUCCAAUAUCUUGCGAUACAUCGUGGAGAAGGGAUUCAUCGCGCUUGAUGGUGCCAGCUUGACGGUGACCAAUGUCGACGAUGCUGAGGGUUGGUUUGAGAUCAUGCUGAUCGCCUACUCACAAGAAAAGGUGGUCAUGGGCAAGAAGCAGCCGGGCGAGGAAGUCAAUGUCGAGAUUGACCUGGUCGGCAAGCUCGUUGAGAAGAGUGUGAAUGCCUACUUUGAGAGCAACAAGGACGGUGCGCCGGCCGUGCUGGAAAAGAUGGUCGCACGCUUGGUACACGAGAAACUGGCCAAGGUCUGA